AUGAUCCGAAAUAAUGUACUAAAUGAUAUCGCGGGUUCUGCUAGAAUGAACGUCAAAUGCAAGCAGCAAGUAAAAAGAAAAUUGGGAAGAGUUGAAGCGCAAGGAAUAGGUCUAGGUGCCAAUGAAAAGCCCACAUCAGAGGAAAAUUUCAAGCACACAAGUUACGAGGAAAAAGUAGAUAGGGAAAAAAUUAAAAUGCACUACCUCUAUAAGAAAGGGGGCACUAUGACCGACAUCCCUAAACUGGUGAUAAAUCAACAUGCUGAUAUAAGAGAGCGUGAAAGCAGAAAAUGCACACCUGAACACAACAUAGGAACAACAACCUCUGAACGCGAGCCACCAUUACUAGAGGAUGUCCCUCAAUCAAUCAAACAAGCGAACCGACAUUUUGAGGAUAAACGUGAUUGGUCCCAGCUUAGUACAAGUAAAAUCUGUGAAAUUCUGGAAGAUAUUUCGUCUAAAAAACGUAGAAGUAGGGUACACUUCUCUUCAUUACAGAAGAAAGAAAACCCACACAAAAGAUAUCUGAAGAAAGAUGACGAAGGAAAUCAGGACUGGUCACAAAUUGCAAAUGAAGACAUAUGCGAACUGAUAGAGAAGAUCGCUAGUAGACGCAACAACAGUCUUAAAGAAAUCGAUCGUUUAUGUUCGCAGAACCAAGAGAAUUCAGAAACAAUUCAUUUAUCUGAAAAUGGUACACUUAUAGGAGAACCAACGAACACUCGGCAACGUAAUGCGAAAGGGAGCAGCGAGAACACGACAGAAAAGCAUUCUGAUUUCGAAAGUAAAAUUUCAAGAACAGUUUGUCUUCCAUACCAGGAAAAAGAACUACGAUUGAUACCCUUUUUACAAAGGCAAAGAAUGGAACCAGCCAUAAUCUCUAGAAGUGGUGUUAGAGAAUUUAGGAUGAGAAAGUUUACUAAAAAACUCAAACCGUGUCCAAGAAGCCCUGUGAAGGAGUUUUUUGGCGUAGGAAUUAUUAUUUCCAGUCAAUCACUGUCUUCCAAACACGUAAUCUUUUUGCAUCAAAACUCCGAUUUAAGAUUCCUUCGAGGUAUUUUGGGCCGCAGUAGACGCUCUUUCUUGCUCUCCAAGCUCGAACAGACACAUGCUGAGAUCGGUCUAUCCCUUAUCAAACCACCACAGACUACUUCGCCUUUUUUUGCGACAAUAGUUUUAAAUAUUCGACUCGGUUCCAAAGCGUUUGCCGCGAUAUGCCAUUACGAACCGCAAGCCAUACUGUUCGAUUCAAGAGGACUGAAAACAAGGAACUGUAGCACGCACUCGAGGUUUUCACGUCCCCUCCACAUUCCUUAUGAAGCAACGGCGAUAGAAGAGAUCGAUCAUCUAGAUUUGAACAGUGAAGACAAAACAUCACAGGGGAAUACGGUUGUUAAAAAUGAAAGGCUUUUCAAUGAUUGCCUGAAAAAAAAAAGUAGUGCUGAUCCUUUGAAUAGUAUGAAACGUCUUAGCAAAACUCAGCCUUUAGAAGCUAAGAAUAGGCUUCAUCAAAAUGUCACGAUUAAUGUUCAAGGAAGCGUAACUGUUAACAACAGUCUUUUUGCCUCUCUGUGUGGGCUUUUCCACAGCCUAUGCUCUAAAGGCUAUUGGAAUAAAGUUGAUUUAUCAGAAACAUUAUUCUAUGACGAUUUGACUAACAGAUGGGUGAAGAUGGGAGAUCUAGUACAGUAUCACUAA